AUGAAAAAGUGGAAGGCGCGCAUCGCCGAAGCUAAAACCGGUGGAUGGACCAAACGACUAAUCCCGUACGUCGAUAGGUGGUGCGAAAGAAAAGGCGACCUUGAUUACCACACAACACAGGUCCUUUCCGGUCACGGUUGCUUCGGGGUCUAUCUCCAUAAAAUCAAGAAGGAAGAGACAGACGUGUGCCACCAUUGCAACAUGGGCCCAGAUAGCGCGGAGCACACAGUAGUCGAGUGCCCGGCAUGGGAUGAAGAGCGGCACCGACUUCAACGUGCGACGGGAACUACGGUCACAAUUGACAACCUUGUGACCACCAUGCUAGACUCCCCCGCGAACUGGCAGGCCGUCAGAGACUUCGCCAGAGCGGUGAUGAGCAAAAAAGAAGCCGCCGAAAGGAAGCGAGAGAAACCUGGAGGACCAAAGGCGAGGAGGAGGGAACGCACGUGA